UGGCGGUUCAGUCUGACACUCAGUCACCAGAAAACCCCCAACUGUAAGGCUUGAUUGCUGAUGUUCCUGAGUGGGGACGACAACUGAUUGCAAGCUUCAGCAUUGUUAUUCUUACGUAUGCCGAACUUUCUGGAGUUAAAAGAGGAAGAGGCUCUUGAAUUUAGUUGGGGUCACAAAAGGUGUCUUGGUGGCACUUACAAUGGUGUCCAGUUUUAUGAUUCAUUCACUUAUGAUGGCAUCGAGUACUCUCUUUAUGAUUGUGUCUACAUGUGGGCUGAUGAUCAACGUGAACCUUACAUUGGUAAGCUUGUUAAAAUAUGGGAGACGGCAAGCCACAAAAAGAAAGUGAAAGUUGUGUGGUUUUUCCGUCCCAUUGAGAUAGCACAUUGGUUAGGAGAUAUCAAGCCACUCAAGACUGAGAUAUUCUUAGCUACUGGGGAGGGAAAAGGCCUUUUCAAUCUCAAUCCUUUGGAAGCAAUUUCUGGGAAGUGCAAAGUUGUUUGUGUGUCAAAAGACCCAAGAAAUGCUCAACCAACGGAAGACGAUUUGAGGAAUGCUGAUUACAUAUUUUACCGUACUUUCGACGUGGGAAGCUGCAAGGUGUCGACUGCUUUUGCUGACCAAGUUGCUGGCAUUGAAGUGAAGCAUUACUUCAAUUCAAGAAAGGUUCAAAAGUCAAUCCUUGAUACUGAAAACGUAGCAAAUUUUCCUGUGAAGGAUGGGACACCUGCUAGAGUUAAAACGAAGUUUUCAGAUACUUCUGCAUCUACUGAUGUGCCUGAGAUUCAGGCACAGAAGAGGAGGAAAGUUGAAGGCUCUUUAGGGUACAAGGAAAAAUUGGAUGUCAAGGAUCCUUUCGGGAAGAAUAUAAGUAUGUCGAAAGGAGUUAAUAUCAAUGACAAAGCUAGCAAGGACCCUCACCAACUUGGACAAAACAAAGGCAUGAAGAGCGAUAGCCAAGUUAUGGAAGUAACAAGCAGGCUGGAUACGGAUUCAAGCAAAUGGUUCAAGAUCCAAUCUUGGGAUGACAGAAUGAAUGCAGCUCAUGAGAAGGGCACACUUGUCUUAUUUGAGAAUCUGGACCCAUCCUAUACGUCCACAGAAGUCGAGGAUAUUGUGUUUCAUGUAUUCAACCAACAAGUUAGUGCAAAGAUGAUACAACACAGCCCAUUUUCCAGACCAAAUUAUGGACAAGCAUUUGUCAUAUUCAAAACAAGAGAUGCUGCAGAUGUUGUCAUCUCUCAGCUAAAAAGGAGAUGUCUUAUGUUGGGUGAUCGAAGACCUGUUGUGGGUUGUCGAGCAAAACCGACAGAUCCUCGUAAUCCACCAAAGUUUUUUGGCCAUAUUUCUAUUCCCAAACUUCGGCUACAGAAGCAGCAUGAAGAUAUGAGAAAUGCAGUUUCAACACCACAUUACUCUCAGAGCAAUACCGUUGAAUUUGAUAUGGCCAUGGAAUGGUGUUCACUCUAUGGACGAUCAAAACUAUGGUGGGAAGCUUUGCAUCAGGAACAAGCAAAGGAGACUGAAGCUCUAAGAAACGAGAUCAAGAUUCAUCAUCCCAACGAGCAAGGGUAGAUUUGUUUCAGCUACCGUAUAUAGGAAAGCAUACAUGGGUGUACCUUUUUUUUGCACAGUAUAUGAGGUUACACC